AUGGAGACCCCAGGACUGGUUGUGCGUGGGGAGGCUGCGCCCUUUUCCACAGCACUCCGAAGCCUCAUCAACAACCCCCGAUACAGUGAUGUUCGCUUUGUAGUCGGUCAAGAACGGCAAGAGGUAUUUGCCCAUCGGUGCUUGUUGGCCUGCAGAUGCAACUUUUUCCAGCGACUUCUGGGAGCAGAGCCGGGCCCUGGUGUGCCUAGUCCUGUCGUGCUAAGCACCAUUCCAGCUGAGGCCUUCCUGGCGGUGCUGGAGUUCCUCUAUACCAACAGUGUCAAGCUGCACCGCCACUCUGUGCUGGAGGUGCUGACAGCGGCUGUGGAGUACGGGCUGGAGGAACUGCGAGAGCUGUGCCUGGAGUUUGUGGUGAAGGUGCUGGAUGUGGAGUUGGUUUGUGAGGCCCUGCAGGUGGCCGUAACCUUUGGCCUGGGGCCGCUGCAGGAGCGUUGCAUAGCCUUCAUAGAGGCCCACAGCCAGGAGGCGCUCCGCACCCGCGGCUUCCUGGAGCUGUCGGCGGUCGCGCUGUUGCCCCUGCUGCGCAGCGACAAGCUCUGCGUGGACGAGGCUGAGCUUGUCCGGGCGGCCAGGAGCUGGGCGCGCGUGGGCGCGGCGGUGCUGGAGAAACCUGUGGCCGAGGUGGCAGCCCCGGUGGUUCGAGAGCUGAGACUGGCCUUGCUGGCCCCGGCGGAGCUGAGCGCUCUGGAAGAGCAGAACAGGCGGGAGCCGCUUAUCCCGGCGGAGCAGAUCGUGGAGGCGUGGAAGUGCCACGCCCUGCAGAGAGGGGAUGCGGCCCGGGGCGCCCCGUGCCGCCGCCGGAGGGGCACCCUGCCCCGGGAACAUCACCGCUUUCUGGACCUGCCCUUCAAGUGA